GAAAAUUGUCAAGCACCAAGACAAGUAUCCGAGGUAAGAUGCUAAAGAUUCUUAAGCAAAAAGAUAGAAGCCCUUAUGAUUCUUCGUUUGCUCUUAGAAAUUCAUACCUAUCUCUAAAAGUGGAUGGAACAGUAUUGUACUGGAAAUGAUAAAAGAUUGAGAAAGAUAACGAUGAUUUUUAUGUUUAGGGUAAAAGGAAUGUAUUCUCAGAUGUCACUUUAACUGGAUACACUGGUAAAAGAAGCUUUUCUGAAAAUUGUAAAAAUUGUAUUUUAGGAACUGGCUGCCCCUCUUGAAGAAAUGGAUGCACAUAUUUGCCAGUCAGCUACGACAAAGCAUUGCACAUCAUUCAAAGACAAGGAGUCUGAAACGGAUGUUGAAUCUCAACCCGAUCUUCAGAUUUCCAACGACGAUGCAAAUGAAAAAGAAGAUUUGAAGGAAGAAAAUAGCAGCCUCAAGGAAGCAAUCAAGGAGUUACAAAAGCAACUCGCUGACGAGAGAAAGAACAAUGAAGAUAACAAAUUCCAAAUCGAGUCUUUGAGAGUCAAAGCUAAAACGUUUGAAGACAAUUCUACCCUUUUGGCUUACGAGCUCCACGAAAUGACGGUGGAUAGAAACUCUUGCUGAAUGCAUUGGAAGGCAAGCACGAAAAGAUCAAAACCAUCCAAGCAAAAAACAAGGCAAAAGUUAAAAAGAUGGCUGAUCAACAUGAAGUAAAACUCUACGAUGAGCAGAUCAAGAGUUAUCAACUGCGUGUGCAAAACAAAAAUCUUAAAGCUGAACUCGAUCAAGUGAAGAGCGAGCUGGAAGGUCAGAAGCUGCAACUGACAGUGACAACUUUUCUAAAUGACAUUGUCAAUGAUGUAGAAGGCCACGUUAAACAGAGGGAAAUUGCGUCACUUAGAGAUCAUAUUCAGCAGCUGCAGUUUGAACUUGCUCAGGCAGAAAACGUGAAGAGGCUUCAACAACACAAAGAGGAGCAGGGAGCAGAGGAAUAUAAGAAGCUUUUUGAUCAAUAUCAAAUUGUUGAACAGCAGAACCAACUGCUUGAAGAAGACAACACACUGCUUAAGAAGAGAGUACUUGUGAUGCGCCAGGAAAAUACUGAGGCCCACGAAAAGUUCUUGGAGGAACAAACUGACCGAAUCACUGCGAAGAUGUCGUUCGUGGCACAAAUAAAGCAGCUUGAAGAGAACUGUACCAGUUUAAAAGAGGCGAAUGCAACCCUAUCUAGAGAUGGCCAACGUUUAAAGCACGCUUUCGAGAGAAAGAACCAAGACAACGAUGGACUGAUGGAAGUCAUCGAGGAACUUAUGGAAAAAGUUGAGGAGAAAGAAAACAUCAUUGAGGAACUUCAAGCAAAGAAGCGCAGAGGAUGUUUACGAAGAUUGCUCUGCUGUAGAUAUACGAAUAUAUCGCGAAACAAGAGAAGAAGAAUGCGAGAGAAGGAUCGCAUGAUUAUGCUGAACGAGGAGCUGGUUCAUUUGAGACAACAAAUGGCUGCAUUGAAAGAAGGAAGCAAUCGUUCGUCAACAGAGAUGGCAGAAUUGCGAUGCACAAACAAGCAACUUCUUGACAGUCUUCAUACCGAACGAGAAAAUUGUCAAGCACCAAGACAAGUAUCCGAGGAACUGGCUGCCCCUCUUGAAGAAAUGGAUGCAUAUAUUUGCCAGUCAGCUACGACAAAGUAUUGCACAUCAUUCAAAGACAAGGAGUCUGAAACGGAUGUUGAAUCUCAACCAGAUCUUCAGAUUUCCAACGACGAUGCAAAUGAAAAAGAAGAUUUGAAGGAAGAAAACAGCAGCCUCAAGGAAGCAAUCAAGGAGUUACAAAAGCAACUCGCUGACGAGAGAAAGAUGAACGAAGAUAACAAGAUACAAAUUGAGUCUUUGACAGGCAAAGCUAAAAUGUUUGAAGACCAUUCUACCCUUUUGGCUUACCAGCUCCAGGAAAUGACGGUGGAUAGAAACUCUUUGCUGAAUGCGCUGGAAGGCAAGCACGAAAAGAUCAAGACCAUCGAAGCAAAGUGGAAGGCAAAAGUUAAAAAGAUGGCUGAUCAACAUGAAGUAAAACUCUACGAUGAGCAGGUCAAGAGUUAUCGACUGCGUGUGCAAAACAAGAAUCUCAAAGCUGAACUCGAUCAAGUGAAGAACGAGAUGGAAGAUCAGAAGCUGCAACUGACAGUGACAAAUUUUCUAAAUGACAUUGUCAAUGACGUAGAAGGCCUCGUUAAACAGAAAGAAAGUUCGUCACUUAGAGAUCACAUUCAGCAGCUGCAAUUUGAGCUUGUUCAAGCAGAAAACGAGAAGAGGCUUCGACAGCACAAAGAGGAGCAGAGAAAAGAAGAAUAUCAGAAGCUUUUAGGCCAAUAUCAAAUUGUUGAACAGCAGAACGAACGGCUUCAACAAGACAACACACUGCUUAAGAAGAGAGUUCUUGUAAUGCGCCAGGAAAAUACUGAGGCCCACAAAAAGUUCUUGGAGGAACAAACUGACCGAAUCACUGCGAAGAUGUUGUUCGUGGCACAAAUAAAGCAGCUUGAAGAGAACUGUACCAGUUUAAAAGAGGCGAAUGCAACCCUAUCUAAAGAUAGCCAACGUUUAAAACACGCUUUCGAGAGAAAGAAUAAAGACAACGAUGGACUGAUGGAAGUCAUCGAGGAACUUAUGGAAAAAGUUGAGGAGAAAGAAAACAUCAUUGAGGAACUUCAAGCAAAGAAGCGCAGAGGAUGUUUACGAAGAUUGCUUUGCUGUAGAUGAUCAGGAUGGGAAGAGGAACCCUUAUUAACGAAAUCAAUUGUAUUUGUGUUGCGGGAACAUUUUUAGAUAGUCAUUCUGCUUUUUUGUAAAUAAUGAAUCGGUUUUAAUGAUAUUGCUAUUGCAUAAAAAUCAGCUUUUAAUGACAGUCGUUUCUACGUUUUGGACACGAUACGAAAAAGCCAUGCAUGGUGUUUAUAGAGAAGAUUUCAUCUUGGCACUCACUGUUCUAAAUGAA